AUGGCAGAUGGUACCUACAGGUUCCAGCAGCCUGGGGCCGGGCAGUUCUACUUCCAAACACAACCGCAGCAGCACUCCCACCAACGACACCUCAUUCGAAACGGAACCAAUUCCCCGACGGGACGACUAAAGUUCAACCCCGACACCCCCUCUCCCUCCCGAUCUCCUCCCUUAAACCAAGCCGCUGCCCUCAACCAUUUCACCAUGUAUGGCCAAAGCCACCAGGGACAGCAUGUCAUGAUGAAUGGCGGUCAAACCCACCAGCGGUUUGGCAUGCAGAUUCCCAAGUUCCAGUCGCAGAACCACCAUCCGCAUCAUGCUCAACAACCUCACCAUCAUUCGCACCACACCCAGGCGACUCACACCAUUGCCCACCAACACAAUUUCUCCGGCGGGGCCCUGGCCACCACAACUCCCCACUUUACCCCAACUCACCUACAGAAUGGAGCUCCCGCCACCGUGGAUGAAGACCUGGACGAAUCGAUGAACGAACAUUGGCAGCAACAACUUCAACUGGCAGCUGAGUCCCGGCAGUCCAAUUCGCCCCACUACUACGCUCGGGUUAUGGCGCAGCAGUCCAAGGGGAUCCAGAUCAUGCCCAGCCAGGUCGAGCCGCAGGAAAAUGGUUUGGAUGCGCGCAAUGGGACGGCCACAGCGAAACCGGCGUCCAGACAAGGCUGGAAUGCGCUUGACUUUGGUGGCCAAGGAUUGCGGGCGAUGUCUCCUUCACUCUUCAACUAUAACUUCCUGGAGAAGUUGUACCUCAACCACAACAAGCUCAAGGCGCUGCCCACAGCAAUCGGUCACCUGCGGAAAUUGAACCAUCUUGACCUCUCCGGUAACGAUUUGACGGAGCUCCCGGAAGAAAUCGGCAUGCUGUCAAAUCUGAAGAAGCUCUUCCUCUUCGACAACAAUAUCCGCACGUUCCCUUAUGAAAUGGGCUACCUUUAUCGGUUGGACACUUUGGGCAUUGAGGGCAACCCGCUCGAUGAAGUUCUCAAGUCCCAAAUCAUGAAGGAUGGGACCAAGGCUCUCAUCAAAUAUUUGAAGGAGAAGAUGCCAGUCCACCUUCCUCCCCCAGAUCGCGAUUGGGUCAUCCUGGAUGAGACUGCGAGUUCGACCAACACCCCCACCGAGAAAAUCACCGUCUUGUCCUACAACACGCUGUGCGAUUCGUCCGCCACACAAUCGCAUUAUGGCUACGCCCCCUCUCGAAUCUUGUCCUGGGAAUUUCGUCGAGAUCUUAUUCUGAGCGAAUUGCGAUCCCACAGCUCGGAUAUUGUCUGCCUGCAGGAGGUGGAUCAGGGCAGCUACAACAACUACUUCCGAGAACAGCUUGCCUACAAUGAUUACAAGGGUGUUUAUUGGCCGCGAGGACGUGCGAUGGGCAUGCAGGAGGAAGACGCCAGGACCGUGGAUGGCUGUGCCACUUUCUUCAAAGGAAGCAAGUACAUCUUGCUGGACAAGCAAUUGAUCAACUUUGGUCAAACUGCUGUGCGGCGACCCGACGCCAAGGGCCAGGAUGAUAUUUACAACCGGCUGUGGCAGAAGGACCACAUCGCCGUGGUGAUCUUUUUGGAGAACCGCCAAACCGGGGCACGGUUCAUUGUUGUGAACGCUCAUCUUUACUGGGACCCGGCCUUCAAGGAUGUCAAGCUGAUCCAGACAGCCAUCUUGAUGGAGGAAAUCACGAAGCUUUCCGAGAACUACGCCAAAUGGCCGGCUUGCACCGACAAGGCCGCCUUCCGUUUCUCGGAGGCAGAGAGUGGCUCGGAGAGCGCACCCCCUGCGGAGCCUGCGCCGUCCAUGGAGUAUGCUAGUGGUGACCAGAUCCCACUCCUGAUGUGUGGUGACUUCAACUCCUCCCCGGGGUCUGCUGCGUACAAUCUGAUUGCCAACGGGCGAUUGACUGAGGAGCACCCGGAUCUUGAGAAACGCCUGUAUGGCAAUCUCAGCCGGGUCGGGAUGACGCACCCGUUCAAGUUGAAGUCGGCCUACUCGUCAAUUGGGGAGCUGAGUUUCACCAACUACACCCCCGACUUCAAGGACAUCCUGGACUAUGUCUGGUACACCUCGAACACUCUCCAUGUGUCGGCGUUACUUGGCGAGGUAGACAAGAACUAUCUCAGCCGGGUGCCUGGGUUCCCCAAUUUCCAUUUUCCUAGUGAUCAUGUCGCAUUGUUCGCGGAGUUUACCGUUAAGGGGAAAAAGGGUAAGGUUGUGGAGGCGGAUUUUGGGCCGCAACGGCACUGA